AUGCCGCGUAUACUCCAGCCUGGCGAGUUUGAGCAGUCGCUAGACGAGAGCGACGGCUUUCGGACGGACUCUUCGCUCGAUGGCUUGGACGACGAGAAGCGCGAGAAAGCGAGCGCGGAGCUGUCCGACUUUCACAUCUUUCAGAACAAUACCCUAGUCGACCACUGGGCUGGUGUCUAUGACAAGUCCGAGUACGAAGGGCGGCACCGGUUCGACCCCUCCUUUACGUGGACCAAGCAAGAAGAGCGCGAGCUGGUAUGGAAAUUGGAUACGCGGCUGAUGCUGCUUGUGUGGGUCAUGUUCUUUUCGCUGGACCUGGUGCGGCACAAUCUGAAUCGGUCGCUUGCGAGUCGCAGCGAGAAGCACGGGGGAAAUAUCUUGGAAGAAGUGGGCCUCUCUCAAAACGAUAUCAACCAUGGCAUGCUGGCGUUUUACCUGUCGUUCCUGUGCAUGGAGCUUCCGUCUGGCCUGAUUUCCAAGCGGCUCGGUCCCGAGGUAUGGGUGCCUACGCAGAUCAUUGCGUGGUCCAUCGUGUGUGCGUGCCAGUCGGCCAUCACGAACAAGGCUGGCUUUUACAUUACACGCGUCUUUCUCGGCAUCACGCAGGGCGGUUUUAUUCCGGACAUGUGCCUGUACCUCACCUACUUUUACACGUCCAAAGAGAUGAAUGUGCGCAUGAGCUUCUUUUAUACGGUGCUUGGCGCGUCGCAAAUCAUCGGCUCGUUUCUGUCGGUCGGCUUUAUGCAGCUGAAUGGCCUCAAUGGCUGGGCGGGCUGGCGCUACCUCUUUGCGCUGGAUUCGGUCAUUUCCGGCGUGAUUGGCCUGCUGGCCAUCUUUUUGAUGCCAGCGACCAUUACGAAGACGACGACGUUUGCGAUCCGCAAGCCGUGGUUUACCGACCGCGAGGAAAAGAUCCUCGUGAACCGCCUGCUGCGCGACGACCCCACCAAAGGCGACAUGAACAACCACCAGUCGGUCACCUGGCGCGGCCUCUGGAACUGUCUGAAGGACUACGACGGCUGGGUCAUUUACGCACUCGCGUUCCUCGUGCUGAUCCCCUACCAGCCCCCCCAGACCUACCUGUCGUAUAUUCUGAGCGACCUAGGCUUCAAUACGCUGAUGAGCAACUUGCUUGCGAUCCCCGGCAUGGUGCUCUUUAUGGCCAACGCGCUGUGGAUGGCGCAGCUCGCGACACGCUUCCGCGCCCGCGCAUGGACCUCGGCGCUGACCAACGCGUGGGUAUUUCCGUGCCUCGUCGCGCUCCUGUGUAUUCCGCAGAAGCAGGACUACUACUGGAACUGGGUGCGCUACGGCCUCUACAGCCUCGUCACCGCCGUGCCCUAUCCCCUGCCGAGCAUUGUCGGCUGGGUCUCGGAGAAUGCGUACUCUGUGCAGACCCGCACGAUCUCGCUCUGCUUUCUGAAUAUCACGGCCCAGAUCGGCUCGAUCGCAGCGACAUUUGUGUACACCGACGGCGACCAGCCGUUCUACCUGCGCGGCAACACGGCCAUGGCCGUAUUGGCCGGCGUCUCGGUCGUGCAGUGCGUGCUGACGCCGCUCUACUUUACCGCGCGGAAUCGGUACAAGGCGAAAAAGUGGGCACAGCUCUCCCCAGACGAGCAGCAGGCCUACGCGGUGCACUCGCGCGACUUUGGGCCCCGCCGCCUCGAUACGCGCCUCGCGACAUAA